AUGAAGCUCCUGGCAGAGGGGGGAGCAGCCGAGUCGCUGCUGCACGAGAAAAAAGCAGGCGACGAGGAGUAUCAGGGAGAGCAGGAAGAGAAGGAGGAGGAGAAAGAGAAGGGGGAAGAGAUGGAGAAGGAGGAAGAGAAGGAGGAGGAGGGGGAAGCGAAGGAGGAGGAGCAGGAAGAGAAAGUAACCAAGCAGGGGGGGGUGCAGGAGACGGUCGCUACUGUGCCAUCGCUACCGUGCGUGGGUGAGGUGGAGCAGGGUGGGCCAUGUGUGGGCUACCAAGGCCCCUGGACCUACCUCCUCCCACUGGCUCUCUUCGUCCUAACUGCCAGCUGGAUCGCCGUCGGUGGGCAGUGCUUAGCUGGCAGCGACGUGCUGAUGUGGCGGUCGUUCUACGCCAUGCGGGACCGCGCGUGGCGGGCGCACUACCGGGAGAUGUUCAACUGGAGCAUCCGGGAAAUUCUCUGCUGUAUGGGGCGAGCCAGGCCAUGGGACGAGGUAGACGAUGAGGUGGACGUAAUGGCAUCGCUGCUGGCUGGGGGACGGGACGAGGUAGACGACGAGGUGGAUAUAGUGGCAUCGCUGCUGGGGGACGAAGUAGACGAUGAGGUAGACAUAGUGGCAUCGCUGCUGGGAGAUGUGAUGGCUGGCUGGACCCAUAAUACCUCUGCCCUGCUCCGCUCCCCCCACUCCUUUUGCCCCAGGGACGAGGUAGACGAUGAGGUGGACAUAGUGGCGGACGAGGUAGACGAUGAGGUGGACAUAGUGGCAUCACGGCUGGGGGACUGUAUGACAGGACCUACGAGUCCUCUUUUCCCCUUCUCCUCCCUGCUCUCCUCCUCAUUCUCCCUCUUCCCCAGGGACGAGGUAGACGAUGAGGUGGACAUAGUGGCAUCACGGCUGGGGGACUGUAUGACAGGACCUACGAGUCCUCUUUUCCCCUUCUCCUCCCUGCUCUCCUCCUCAUUCUCCCUCUUCCCCAGGGACGAGGUAUACGAUGAGGUGGACAUAGUGGCAUCACUGCUGGGGGACUGUAUGACAGGACCUACGAGUCCUCUUUUCCCCUUCUCCUCCCUGCUCUCCUCCUCAUUCUCCCUCUUCCCCAGGGACGAGGUAGACGAUGAGGUGGACAUAGUGGCAUCACUGCUGGGGGACAGUGUGAUGACUGAACCUACAAGCCCCCUUUGCCCCUUCCCCUCCCUCCUCUCCCAACCCAUCCUCGCAUCAUGCCUCCCAGGGACGAGGGUGAACAGUCAAACCCAUUCCAACCGCUCUCUCUUCUGUUCUGUGCACGCAGGGCUAGCCCUUCUUCAAGCCAAUCGACCGUCGCCAGCUGUCGAUGCCCCCACCUCCUCCUCCUCCUCCUCCUCUUCCCAAUCCACUCAUCUCAACGCACUACCAUCCACGACCGCUGCCACCCCACUCUCCUCAACCACUGCACCCUCUGUCUUUGACUCCCUUAACACUGGUGGUACGACCACUACCAGCAGCAGCAGCGUUGGCAGCAGCAGCACUAUCGGCAGCAAUGCGAGGGGUGUUGACAGCAGCAAUGCGAGGGGUGUUGACAGCAGCAAUGCGAGGGGUGUUGACAGCAGCAAUGCGAGGGGUGUUGACAGCAGCAAUGCAGACAGCGGGCGUGGGUUUAACAGGGGUGACACUGAGGGCAGCAGCAGCAGUGAGAGGCUGGCGGAGGGGGGUCCCUUCCCCUCCCGGCCUGCCUCGGUGCCGAUAACCCUCAUUGAGGAAGCUGCGGCUCUGCUGCCGCUUGCCAUUGCUGCCUACACUGGCCCGCUACUGGACAUGGGCCGAUAUCCCUUCACCUUUGCAUGCGCAUGGGUGUGGAGGCAAGGAAUGUUCUUUCCGUGGCAGCAGUCCAGGUACCCAUCCCUGCAAGGUGACAACUGGUGGAGGGGGCAUGCGUCUGCCUUCCUCAAGUAUCUCCACCUGCCGCCCUCCGCUCUCAGGAAGGCGCGCGUCCGACAGGAGGAAGCAGGGCAGGCAGUGUAUUUCGUGGUGGUGCUGCAUCAGCUGCGGCUGGUGGUGGUGGCAGUGAGGGGCACGGAGUCCCUAGAAGACAUGAUUAUCGAUGGGCUGGGGCGGGAAUGUCCACUCAGUGACGCGGAUAUGGGAGGGAUUGACAGGCAAUGCAAGGUGGUGGUGGUGGCAGUGAGGGGCACGGAGUCCCUGGAGGAUAUGAUCAUUGACGGGCUGGGAGGGAAUGCCCACUCAGUGACGCGGAUAUGGGAGGCAUUGACAGUUGCCUUAGACCCAUGGAGUGUGAGUGAGUGGAAUUGGGCCUGGUCCGAGCUCCAUCCUCCCCUGGUAACGGACAGACUGGUGCCGUACUUAGGCCAUGCGGGGGUGGUGACAGCAGCACGUGAUAUUCCUCUUGUUGCCCUUCCCAAUUCCGUCACGUCCCUCCUCACCCCUCUCUCUGUGGCUUGCCUCCCUAGGUCCGAGCUCCAUCCCCCACUGGUGACGGACAGAUUGGUGCCUUACUUAGGCCAUGCGGGGGUGGUGACAGCAGCACGUGAUAUUCCUCUUGUUGCCCUUCCCAAUUCCGUCACGUCCCUCCUCACCCCUCUCUCUGUGGCUUGCCUCCCUAGGUCCGAGCUCCAUCCCCCUCUGGUGACCGACAGGCUAGUCCCUUACUUUGGCCAUGCGGGGGUGGUGACAGCAGCACGCGAUCUGGCUCUUCAGCUUGAUAACAUGGGGGAUGGGGAAGACGAGGAGGGGGAGGGGACUCAAGGAAAAGCAGGGAGCAUGGAGGAUGGGGGAGGGGAUGACGAGGAGGGGUCGCUGCUGGGACAGAAGGAGAGGAAGCGACCGAGAAGAGGCAUUCUGUCGGAGUUGCUAGGGGAGGGAGGCGAGUGCGAGGGGUAUGGGCUGCGACUUGUGGGGCACUCCAUGGGGGGGGCUGUGUGCAGCCUCACUGCCAUCCGGGUGAGUGAGUGCUUUCCGGGUGAGGUGGAAUGUAGGGAGGGGAGAGAAGGGGUUUCUGAUGCGUCACUGCAGCAGUUGCGACUUGUGGGGAACUCCAUGGGGGGGGCUGUGUGCAGCCUCACUGCCAUUCGGGUGAGCCUCCCUGCCAUCGGGUUGAGAAAGCGGUUUCCUGAGCUGCGGGCGAUUGGCUAUGGCUCCAUGCCUUGUGUGGACUUCGCCACUGCCUCUGCCUGCUCCAACUUCAUCACCACUCAUGUGCCUGCGAGCAGCAGCGCUCAGAGCCCCCUCCCUCUCACCUUUAUUGUUGCCUCCCCACCUUCCCCUUCCUUACCCCACCACUACAGCUUCGUAUAUAAUGACGAGUUUUCCCCGCGGACAUCUGUAGCAUCAGUCAUGCGCCUGCGAGCAGCAGCGCUCCGGGCUGUAGCAGCAGACACGCGUGCAGGCGGACUGCUGGGCACGGCUGUAGCGGCAGUGGGGCCGGGCGCGCAGGCAGGAUCAGCCGGAAUGAGGGCUGCGGCAGUGGAUCGGCUAUUGUCACGGCUCUUCACUCUGCCGUUUGGGAUAGGGCGCGGGGAUGAAGGUAAUGAGAUGGGUGGGGUGAACAGGGUGGGGGAUGGGAUGGUGGGGGGAGCAGGGUCACGAGGGGCGGAAGAGGAGGAGGAAGAGCAGGUGCUAAGGCAUGGGCUGCACAUGCCACGGCAGUGGAAGGGAUUGGGUAUUCUUCCCACUCCCACCAAACGUGCCACUGCUGCUGCUGGCACUAGCUCUGCUGCUGCUGCUGCUGCUGCUGCUGCUGCUGGUUCUUCUGCUGUGGCUGUCGCUGCUGUUGCUCGUUUUGCUGCUGCUGCUGCUGCUGGUGCUGACGGUACUGCCGGUGCUGGUCUUGCUCUGGCUCCUUCUGGUGCUGGUGCUGUUGCUGCUGCCGGUGGGUCUAGGCUGACCGGAUACGCCAGGGAGGAUUAUGCUUCCCUGAUCGAGUAUUGCCAGGCUAAGGGGGAUAAGGGCGCACAGGAUUGGCUGAGAGAAAACGUCAUGCCACGUCAUCGAAAGACGAAGAAAUAUCUGUGGG